CUCCUCCUCCCGCCGGUUAUCCCUGGAACUAGGAAGUGGCAUUUACGCGAAAGGUAAACAAACAGUCCGACGCGUCUCACUCAGAGCUCAUUCACUGGGGAACUACGCAAGAUGAGCUGAUACCUGACACAGGACAUUCUCCUGAAACAACUCCAAGCAUGGAAGCCAGAGUUCUGCAGUGCCUCGCUUUACUUGUCCUGUCCGCGGAGUGUUUUGGGGAAGACGACGUCACCUACGCGAGCGGCUUCUACUCCAAGGGCCCGCAGAAGCUCUCCAAGUUCAGCUCGUUCUCCAGCGCGCGCCUCCACCACUUCCGCGUGCCGGAGGACACGGUGCUCGCGCGAUGGCUGCUCACGGUGACCAGAUCAGGGCUCAACUGCGAGACUCAGGACGUCACUGUCCACUUCAGGGCGGGCGCCCCUCCGGUGAUUGACCCCGUUGCCACGGCGUUCCCCAACCAGACGGCGGUGACCCUGGCCUGGAACCUCACCCUGAGCGUGGGCGCUAAGCAACAGCAGAACCAAUCAAUGGUCAACGUCAGCAGCCCGGCGGCAGGAGACUGGUUUGUAGCCGCACACCUCCCUGAGCACGACGGCAAGAUACAACAGAAGGGACUACCGUCCUGCUCUUACCUCUUCCAGCCGCAGAUGUUCAUCAGGCGAGCCGUGGACACGCCCACUCUGCUGCCCAACAUUCCGCAGUCUCAAACGCUCUCCAGGACACACACACCCAGCAUCCUCAAGUUCUUCGUUCCUGAGUUCUCGACCCAGAUGUCGGUGCACAUUGUGUCGUGCUCGGUAGAGGGUGUGGCCAAGCCCAGCUGCGGACUGAGCCUCCUCAUUGGCUCCUCCUCUUUAGGGCGGGACUCCAGACUGACCUAUAACUGCACGGGAGAGGAGGGGCCUCAGUGCUCGGCCUCCGUGGCCACGCCUCCCUGGGACUCCUGGGUUCAGGUCGCCGUGACGACCAGUCUAGCCAAUGUCACGGUGAACUUUAACAUCUUGGCCAAUUACACAGUUGGUUGUAAGCCCCAGAGUGCUCCAGCCGACUUCAACAGCAACUUCACCGUAUCCGUGGGCAACAAUGGCACCGUAUCCACGGGCAACGCGUCUGCGGCGGCAACGGUUGCCGUGGGCGACGUGUUGUCGGGCUGGUGCGUGCGCACGCCGGCCGUGUUCCGCGAGGAGACCGACGUCCUCGCCCUGCGCUUCACCGUCGCCGGCGGCAACCUCACCGUGCCCUCCGACCCCCCCACACUCAUCACCUUUGACCUCAACUCUGUGGCCACCAGCGGGGGGACGCUCAACGCCCACAUCAGCCUCAACACGAGCUCUGUGAUUGGUGGGUUUGAUAGCGUGAGGGCGUGUCUAACUCCUUCAGCUCCUGUGAUGGCCCUCAACACCAGCCAGCCAUGUGCUGCAGCGUUUGUACAGGGCUAUUCCUUGAGUGUGAACAGCAGUGUGACUGAGACUGCACUCAGGAUUCCGUUCCCUGAAGCCGCUAUGUGGUACCUCACACUGCAGACUCUCUGUAACGACAGCAGUGACUGCAGUAACGCAUCAGCAGUAGUUGGGGUCUCUGUGAGCGUGAGUGCUUGCGUAGACGAGUGUGGUUCCUAUGGAGACUGCAGACUACUCCGCACACACAGCUACCUCUACGCCACCUGCGCCUGUAAAGCAGGCUGGCGGGGCUGGGGCUGCACUGACGGGGCGGAGGCUCUGUCCUUCUCCCUGCAGCUGCAAUCCGUCCUGUUCCUGACGCUUAGCAACCUGCUCUUCCUCCCGCCCAUCGUCCUCGCUCUCUACCGGGGAUACCUGCCCGAGGCUGCCGUGUACACCUACAACAUGUUCUUCUCCACGUUCUAUCAUGCAUGUGACCAGCCGGGGGUGACGGUGUUGUGCAUUAUGGAGUACAACACACUCCAGUUCUGCGACUUCCUGGGGUCCUGCACCUCAGUGUGGGUCACCAUCAUAUGCAUGGCCAAGCUUCAGGACCUCUUCAAAUAUGUGUUCUUCAUAUUAGGCGCUCUCCUGAUUGCCAUGUCGAUGUCCUUGGACAGGCAUGGCCUCUGGAACUUUCUGGGACCACUACUGUUUGCAUUGAUCACCAUGGCAACGGCCUGGGUGUAUCGGAGUGUGAAGCGUCGCCAGUGUUUCCCUCCCCUGUGGCGUCGCUGGGUGUGUUUCCUGUUGCCGGGGGUGCUGCUGGCGCUCAUCGGCGUGUGUGUGUACGUGUUCGCCGAGACGGACGCCAACUACCUGUACACACACUCCCUCUGGCACGUCCUCAUGGCAACCAGCAUCGUCUUCCUGCUGCCGCCCCGACACACACACACACAGCCCUGGGGAUGGACACACACACUCUGUGGGUACAAGAUCUGCAAGAACCAGAAAGACGACUUGUACUCUGUCUCCUAACACACACACACACGACACACACACACACACACACACACACACACACACACACAGCCCUGGGGAUGGACACACACACUCUGUGG